CAAAACUCCAAUAUUAGCAUAUUGCUUAAGACUGUUAAAUAAAAAUGUUGAAAUUUAUUUUUGCAAUUUUCGUACUGGGCGUUUUGGUGGACGCUGAGAAAGUCGACCCAAAAAAGUUUCCAUUCAUAGUUUCUAUUAGGAAAGAUGAUAGUCAUAUGUGCGCUGGAAGCAUGCUGUUGAGCAACAUCGUCAUAACGGCGGCCUCUUGUGUCAAAGACUCAAAACCUGAAUCGCUGGUCGUUCAUGUUGGCACAAUUAACUUAAAAGAAAAAGGAGAUGCCUAUAAGGUAUUGGAAAUAAAAAUGCAUCCAAAUUACAAUGGUGAAAAGUAUGAAUACGCGGCUGGUUUGCUGAUAACCGAAGAGAUGGAAUAUAAGUCAACAGUGCGACCAGUUGGUAUAUCAGUAGGUGAAACUGGUAAGGGAGUAGAAUUGACGGCAGCUGGAUGGAAGUUGAAAGGUGACAGAAGUCCAAAUGGUUUAUUGCAAUCUAAAAUGGUAACUUCUCUCUCGAAUGAUGCUUGUGGCAAGAAACUGAAGACAUCUGUACCCGAUUCCGUAAUCUGUACCGAAAAUGACUCUAGUUAUAAUAAAGACCGAGAAUAUUUUAGUGAUGUUGGCGGCCCUGUGCUAGGAAAGGAGGCGAUAGUUGGUGUCAUUCUUGCAUCGAAUCGGCCGUCGAAGUCCAGCCAGCCAGAUAUAAAUGCUCGAAUAUCGCCAAUGCUGCAGUGGAUAAUGGACACUGUGGAAAAUUCCUAGACCAGGAAGAGCAUUCCAGAACCUUUUUACCCAAAUUAAUAUAAAAAUUUGGCCCUUCAUCGAUCCUUAUAUAAUAAUUAAAAGGUUAUAGCAUCU